AUGGGACCUGACAGGACAAAUGCCGUAGCUUCUUCUUCUUCAUCAUCCGCUUCUCCAAUUGUACGACAUGAUGAUGAUACACCACCAAAUAAGAAACCGAAGGCUACGAGAUCUAGGAAUGGAUGUUUGGUCUGUAGGAGUAGGAGAUUGAAAUGUGACUUGGAGAAACCGGAAUGUAAGAGAUGUGUAAAUUACGGCGCAGAGUGCGUCUACCCGGUGAAGAAACCUUUCAAUCCUAAUAUCGUAGCUGAAAAAUUAGCCAAGAGACAUGGCAACAACAACAGUAAAAAGAAACGAGAGGAUUCUUCAACUUUAAUACCAAAAGAUGAAAUACAAGAUCAAGCUCAUAAUAGUAUUAACAAUCCACUAAACACCCCUACCAAUUUGAUAUCUUCAACUCCAAACUCCAAUGUUAAUCCCACCCAAACAUCAAUCACCUAUACACCUCAACCACCUUUGACAUCCGUACCAUCCUCUUCCGCCCACUCGAUAUGGAUCCCACACCCCACACAGCUAGUCCAGCAGAUGGACUCGGUCGAACUUCUCAUGGCGCUCUGUAGGGAUACAAGGAUGGGACAGUUCUUCGGUGGGCCGUUGGACCCUCCAGAGUUUUUGAGGAAGAUGUUCCCUGUAGAAGAGGAUCUGAGAUGUUUCCACCACGCUCUGACAUACUCCCUAUCCAUCCUCGUCGUCGAAGAAGAACCCAAUCCAUGGGUCGAACAUGUCGCUAGACUAUUCCUCGUUCCUUCAGGUGAAGCUCCUCUAAGUACCGAAGGGCUGAAACAAGGCAUGUUAGCUAUGGGCGCUAUUCAUUUAUCAGUACUAGAAGCUCGAGGAUCAACAACCUCAUCUUCAGGACGUACUCGUGAACUCGGCUUGGCUUAUAGAGGAGAAGCCAUCAAGUUACUUCGUCAAGCUAAAAAUAUUCCUGAGGAGGUUGAGUCGGAUGCUUUCCUGGCUGGUACAGUCAUUUUAAGCUGUGAUGAUGUCCUCGGAGCCAACCCCCACUGGAGAGAAGUCAUCCGCCUAGCUCUACUGGCAGUCCGACGCAGAGGUGGUUGUGAACGUAUAUUGUUCCCUGAUAAUCCGUAUCCUGAUGUUACGGAUGUACCCGACAAACCUGUAUCGCCGUUGUUGAGAUGUCUGAUAGAGACUAUGACGAUUGGUGAUGUAGGGCGCUCCCUAUCCACCGGAGACCCGACUGUCGUCUUGACUGACUCGUCGACCUGGUGGGAGAGGUUGGCGCCAGUCAAUCCAUCUGAACAUGAUUCAUGCGAAGGUACAUGGGGAAUGCACCGAUCGAUCCCUCGACUGAUGACACGAGUGAUCAACCUAACCUACGAAUCUGCCGACCUAGACCGUCAAUCAUUCUUCGAUCACCCCAAUCAGCCAUUCAUCCCUUCCAAUCCAGAUAAUCACAUGGCUCAACUCGCCUUGGCAUGGUUGGAAGAGAAGCGACGAUGGAGGGAGUCUCUUACAUUUCGGAUCAACGAAUUGAGAACGGACAUGGCCAAUUGGAUCGUCACUGUUCCUCAAACUAUUACGCGGAAACGUACGAAAGAUGGUUCGUUGGCUACGUGGCAUGCAUUCCACAUUCUCAUCAUGAGAGAUCUACUAAAGCUGCCUAGGGAAGAAGAGACCAUACAGAAAUCGGCGGAUACAGUUUUGGAAAUAUGUAGCCAGGUGGGAGAUAAGAUUGAAUGGAUGAAUUUUUCCCUUUUGAUCACAUGUACCGUCUUGAUCUCACCUACCCCAUGA